GUGUGGUUAGUUGAUCGUGUCCAUUACAUGGGUGGCAGUGUCCGUAGAGAUGAAAGUAUCAGACUCACCCAUGUGGUGGCCAAUGUCACACAUGGAACUAAAUACAGGUAUGCAGUCAACAUGGGCAAGCCCAUUAUGUGCGAAGACUGGAUCAGCCGGAUGUGGUCUGACAGAGAUGAUCCAGACUGCCAUGCUAGUCAGCUCAAGAUGGCAGGUUACAGAAUGAAGCCAUUCUAUGAGUGUUGUUUAUGUUUUCUGGGUUUCGCUAAAGAGGAACAGAAACACAUGGAGGAAUUGACAAUAGAAAAUGGCGGCUCAGUUGCAGAACAAGGAGCUGCGGACCUGACUCAUCUUGUUGUAGAUGAUCAAAAUGUGAAAGAAAUACCUCCAGAUAUUCCCCUUCCCCAGUAUGUUGUGAGAGGAGAG